UAAAAUAACGUACAUGUAAUUUGUCGGCAAUCUGUGGUUCUCUGAGCAACAAAGUUGCUACGGGAUUGGACUAAAAAUGGCGUCAAGUUCAUUACACAUUGGAGAUAUUGUGUCAUUGUACGCUGAAGGACCACAAGCGGACUCAGUAUGUGGAUUCAUAUCGACUCUUGGGUUGGUGGAUGAUAGAUGUGUUGUCAAACCUGAUGCAGGAAACCUACAGAAUCCACCAAAGAAGUUCAGGGAUUGCUUAUUCAAGAUUUGUCCUAUGAAUCGAUACAAUGCACAGAAACAGUUCUGGAAAACAGUCAAGUCUGGACCUACCAGGAUAGCUGAUGUAGCAUUGAUGAAAAGAUUACAGGAAUCUGCAGAAGUUGAGAAGAGACAGAAUGAAAAAGAAAAUCAGAAAUUACUUGGCCAAGAAGUUAAAUAUGGAAGUGUUGUCCAACUCCUUCAUUUGAAAUCAAACAAAUUUCUAACAGUGAACAAACGACUUCCAGCCCUUCUAGAGAAGAAUGCAAUGAGAGUUUCAUUGGAUCCAGAUGGGAACGAAGGCUCAUGGUUUUACAUUGAAUUAUUCUACAAACUUAGAUCGAUUGGGGACAAUGUUGUAGUAGGAGACAAAGUAGUUCUGAUGCCAGUUAACGCGGGACAACCACUCCAUGCCAGUAACAGCGAGUUGAAAGCUGAUAAUCCGGGAAGUAUGGAAGUAAACGCUGUCAACUGUAACACAAGCUGGAAAAUCAAUCUAUUCAUGGUCUGGGAUGAAGACAGGGAUGACGCUCUCAAAGGUGGAGAUGUUGUUCGACUAUUCCACGCUGAGCAAGAGAAGUUUCUCACCAGUGAUGAAUACAGAAAGAGUCUGCAUGUGUUUCUCAGAACUACUGGUAGAAUGACAGCGACAUCAGCUACGAGCUCUAAAGCCUUAUGGGAAGUAGAGGUUGUCCACAAGGAUCCAUGCAGAGGAGGUGCCGGACAUUGGAAUAAUUUAUUUCGUUUUAAACAUCUGGCAACUGGAAAUUAUUUGGCUGCAAAGGACGAUACAGACUGGGACGCGACUCCAACAAGCAAUGUCGAUUACGAAAACUAUCAAUCCUCGUGUGGUAAUUCACAGCAAAGACAUUCUAUCAGUCGUUCUGUUUCUGGGUCGAGUCAGAUGGCAGACAGUGAUAAUGGCGGAAGUUCUGAUCGUGAGAAUUCGAGAGGUUCGCGAGGCCGUGGGCCACCUGGUGGAAUGCAGUAUUGUCUUGUCUCGACCUCUGACCCCACCAGUGUCAGCUCAAUCUUUGAACUUGAUCAAACAUCUUUUGCGAAAAGUGAUGCCCUUGUUCCAGCAAAUUCUUACGUACGACUGAAACAUCUAUGCACUGAUACUUGGGUUCAUUCAACUGCGAUUCCUAUAGAUAAGGAAGAAGAUAGGCCUGUAAUGUUAAAGAUUGGAACCUGUAAACAUAAAGAAGACAAAGAAGCAUUUGCAAUAGUUCAUGUCUGCGUAGAAGAAGUCCGAGACCUUGAUUUUGCCAACGAUGCAAGCAAAGUACUGGCUGAUUGCGCUCAUCAUAUGGAAACUAAGGAAAUUACUGUGAAUGAGAGAAGAUUUGUGAUCAAACUGCUAGAAGACAUCAUAUUCUUUCUCUGCCGUCAACAACGUGGUGCAGCUGAUGCCCUGACAGUCGUUGGAACAAAUCCUGAUCGAGAAAGGCAAAAAUUACUAAGAGAACAAAAUAUCGUUCAUCAAUUGUUCAAGAUAUUACAGGCUCCCUUCGUAGACAAGUAUGGCAAAGGUGCAUUGCUUCAGCUUGAUGAAUUACAGAAUAAGAAGAAUAUUCAUUACCAACACAUUCUGAAACUUUGUUAUAGAAUUCUUAGACAUUCAACACAGGAUUACAGGAAGAAUCAGGAACACAUUGCAAAGCAGUUCGGUCUGAUGCAACGUCAAAUUGGGUAUGACAUACUAGCAGAAGACACAAUUACAGCAUUGUUACACAACAAUAGAAAGUUACUGGAGCAGCACAUUACAGGGAAAGAAAUUGAAACAUUUGUUGCGCUUGUCAGGAAGAAUAAUAGGGAACCAAGAUUCUUGGACUAUCUUGCUGAUCUUUGUGUUACCAACAAACAAGCGAUUCCCAAAACACAAGAAUUAAUUUGCAGAAAUAUUCUAUCUGAGGAAAACAAGGAUAUUCUCAUUGAAACUAGGCAAGCCAUGGUGACGAUUGAGUAUGAAGAGGAAGAGAUCGAGGGUGAGAAUUUUUAUGAGGAGGACUUGAAAGCCGUCGUUUUGAGAUGGGGGGAGGGAAGAAAUAGUGAAAAAAGUAUUCGACAUUUGGCUCAGACAUCACAGACAAAUAGGAACGAUUUGUCUACACUGAAUUAUUACAGACAUCAACUUGACCUCUUCAGCAAAAUGUGUCUUGACCGACAAUAUCUUGCGAUCAACCCAAUAUCAGAAGAAUUGAAGAUUCCUAUAAUCCUAGACUGCAUGGCUGAUAAUCAACUACCUUGCGAUCUAAGAGCAUCAUUUGUUCAGCUUAUGCUUCACAUGCACGUUGACCGGGAUCCCCAGGAGCAAGUCAUUCCCGUUCGUUAUGCGAGACUCUGGUCUGAGAUACCAACUCUAAUUACUAUACACGACUAUGACAAUGCUGAAGGAAUGAGAAAUUGUGAGAAGUUUGUACCCACAAUGCAAUUUGUUGACCAGUAUUUGAACAACCUUGUCAGCAAUGCAAGAAUCUUCACAAAUUCAAAGGAAAACAAACUGACUUUUGAGGUGGUGAAUCUUGCUCGCCAUUUGAUCUAUUUCGGCUUCUAUAGUUUCCGUGAGUUGUUGAAUCUGACUCGAACUUUACUUAGAAUAUUGGAUUGUGUGCACGGUGUCUCACCUAACCUUGUCAACGGAGGAAGAAUGAAUGAAGAUGGUUCUCAUGAUGUCUCACGUGGUGUUGGCAACAUUGGUAUGAUGGUCAGCAAUAUGGCUUUGGGAAGCAUGAUUGGAAGAAACAGACAAGAGGAGGGUUCUUCUAACGGACAACAUGAAGCAUCUCAUUCUGUACCAUCAAUGAGUAUCCAUAACCAAGAUGAAUUUGUGUUGGAGACGAAGCUGAAGAUAAUUGAAAUAUUACAUUUCAUUCUUGAUGUACGACUCGAUUAUCGAAUCUCGAGUUUACUUUCAAUCUUCAAACAAGAGUUUGACGAGAGCAAUCAGGCGAACCAACAAAAUGACCUUUCAACUUUGGACCUGGCUCAACAAAACGAUCAAGAACAGCCGCCGAAAAGUACUGAUAGUGAAUCUGCUGGUGAUAAUCAAGAGGCGCAGAAACAGACUCCGACAGCAUCAGCUCCAUCAGUUUCAAAUAUGGAUGAUUCCGCACCACCUAUCAAUUUGAAUGUGAUAUCGGCAAAAGCAGAAGGAAUAUUUGACGGAUCUGUAGAAAGUUCUGGACUUGACCUUGAUGGGGAGGGAGGACGGACGUUUCUACGAGUCUUGCUCCACCUAGUGAUGCAUGACUAUCCUCCUCUUGUAUCAGGAGCGCUUCAACUUCUAUUCAGACACUUCAGCCAAAGACAAGAGGUUCUACAAGCUUUUAAGAAUGUCCAGCUCUUAGUGACAAAAGACGAGCAUAAAAACUAUAAAGAGAUAAAGAAAAAUCUCGACCAAUUACGUUUAUUGGUUGAAAAAAGUGAGCUAUGGGUCUGGAAAGGCAAGAACGUUUCUCUCUCUUCAAACAAUAGCAGAAGAGAGAUGUCUAGUGCUGAAGCAAACACAAAAAUUAAUGACAUGCAUGUUCCGCCACGGACACGAAGAAAAAGCCGAGCGAAUCUCGCUGAAUAUUUUACAACGAGCAGUCGGGACUCACGAGACGCAAGCGUGGAUUAUCCGAGCCCGCCAAAUUCGGAUGGUGAUCGUCCAUUUGUUAGUACGUCUUCAUUCAAGAAUUAUAACGCCAUAAAGGAGAUAUUAACAAAGCUUGGAAACCUAUGUGUAUCUGGUCCGUCUAAAAGUCCUCGCAAAGAACAACAAAGACUGUUGAGAAACAUGGGGGCUCAUACAGCUGUGUUAGAUUUAUUACAGAUAUCAUAUGAACGUACUGCUGACGUCCACAUGCAAGAAGUGAUGGGAUUGGCUCAUAGUUUUCUACAAGCUUUCUGUAAAGGAAAUCCACAAAAUCAAGCAUUACUGCAUAAACAUCUGAGUCUGUUUAUGACUCCAGGGCUACUGGAAGCACAGACAAUGCAAGCAAUAUUCCAAGACAAUGUUGCUUUAUGUAAUGAAGUCACCCAUGCUGUGAUACAACAUUUUGUACAUUGCAUUGAGAGCCACGGUCGCAGAACAGAAUACCUGAAAUUUCUUCAAGCUAUCAUAAAAGCAGAGGGCAAAGGUCAUAUUAGAAGAUGCCAAGAUAUGGUCAUGGCUGAACUGGUCAAUACACAGGCUGGAGAAGAGGUUCUUCUUUUUUACAAUGACGAUGCAUCUUUCAAGGAUCUUGUGAAUUUGAUGAAUCAUUAUAAAACCUACAACAGACACCUUGUCAAAGAUGAUUGCAGUCCUUUGCUUUAUCAUAUUGAACUGGUGCAAUUAUUGGCUUACUGCACUGAAGGGAAGAAUGUGUACACUGAAAUCAAAUGCCACAGUUUGCUACCGUUAGAUGACAUUAAACAGGUGGUGACACAUAAAGACUGCAUUGCUUCAGUGAAGAAUGCUUACAUCAACUUCCUAAACCAUUGCUAUGUUGAUACAGAGGUAGAAAUGAAAGAAAUUUACUCUUCAAAUCAUAUUUGGACUUUGUUUGAUGAUUUCAUGAAAGAUAUUGACUUGAUCCUAUCACAAACGGAAGAAGAAGCCCACAGCAAUCCUCUUCAACCUUACAUCGCCAAUACUGUCAUGGACAUCAUUACUAUGUUUUUCAAUUCACCUUUCUCUGAUGCUACUACAUUGAUUCAGGCACGGCAAACAACUUAUGUAAAACUGAUGCGAUCAAUCGUCAAUUUUUAUCAAAGUCCGAACCUGCUUCCACAAUUCAAAUCAAAACUUGGUGACACCAUAGAGAAACUAGCUGAAGUUGCAAAGCAACGGGAUGUAGCAAUUCCAAGUGACUUAGAAAAAAUAAUCACUUCGGUUGGAGUCAAACCUACGCUGAUGGAUUUCAUCCAUAGAUUUCGAAGAACUGUAACUAAACGUGAAUCUGUGAACCCACAUAGCCAGAGUUGUCGAGAAAUCAUUGAAGGAUUACAAGAUAUUGUCGCAGUUUUGGAAGAUCAAUUGCGCCCUCUAGUGCAGGCAGAGUUGUCUGUUUUAGUUGACAUUCUACAUCGGCCUGAGUUGUUGUUUCCAAUGGAAACUGAUGCAAGAAAACAAUGUGAAAAUGGAGGAUUUAUAUCGAAAUUGAUCCAACACACUGAGAAACUGCUCGAAGAUCGAGAAGAAAAACUCUGCAUUAAAGUUUUACAAACUUUGAGAGAAAUGAUGACAGUUCAUAUCAGCUUUGCAGACAAGAAUGUGAACGUUUACAAUGACAGGAUUUGGGAAGAGGAACAAGAUUUCCAUUCUCGAGGUGCGAAUGUGGAUGAUCAUAGGAGAGGUGAAGCACUGCGUCAAAUUCUUCUUUCUCGAUACUACGGCUCAAGCUAUCAACAUCUAAGGGAACUUGCUCAAAAAGACAAUGGGAACACUUCAGGAAGUCCGUUUCGUCGCACUGAACUUUCAUUGGAAGAAGUGCAAUGGUAUCUAAACAAAGAGGGAGCCACAGAUCUUGUUAUCAACCUGAUAGUUGGAAAUUACAGUGAGAUUGUCUUCCAUGAGAGCGUUCUGCUUGGUAUUGCUUUGCUGGAGGGAGGGAACCACGUCAAUCAGAUGUCCUUCUUUUCUGAGCUUCAUAAUGAAAACAACUCGGAGACAUUUUUUAAAGUUUUCCAUGAGAAGAUGGAAAUUGCUCAACAAGAACUGAAGAAUUCUUCCACUGUCAAUACUGGUGAGCUACUAACUCGUGUCUCAGAACCAACGUUCCCCAACUUUUCCCCUGUUUCACCGUUUACAUCAGGUGCUGGAAUUUCUGACAGUUACAGACAGUUAUCUGGUGAAAUGGAAUCAGAGUUAUCAGAUGCAACAAUGCAGAUACAAAAAGCUAUAGAAACUGUUCGACGGCCUCACACAACUUCAGAUGGAUUUACUGAUGGCCAUAAUGCACUAGCAGGUGAAAUGGAUAGACGAGAUGAUGAACGAACACUCAGUCCUGCUGUCAGUAUAAUGAAACCGAUACUUAGAUUUGUUCAACUUCUCUGCGAGAAUCACAACGCACAUUUGCAGAAUUAUCUUCGAUGUCAAAACAACAAAACAAACUACAAUUUAGUUUGCGAUACUUUGAAGUUUCUUGAUUGCAUCUGUGGCAGCACAACCGGUGGUCUGGGUCUUGUUGGUCUUUAUAUCAAUGAAAACAAUGUUGAUCUCAUCAACCAGACAUUGGAAAGUCUCACUGAGUAUUGUCAAGGUCCUUGCCACGAUAACCAGAAUGCCAUAGCAAGCCAUGAAUCAAAUGGAAUUGACAUUAUCAUUGCUCUGAUAUCGAACGAUAUAAAUCCUCUCGGAAAACAUAGAAUGGAUCUUGUAAUGCAAUUAAAGAACAAUGCAAGCAAACUUCUUCUUGCAAUCAUGGAAAGUCGUCAUGAUUCUGAAAACGCUGAGAGAAUUCUUCGAAACAUCAAUUCAAAACAACUUGUUGCCGUUAUUGAGCAAGCUUAUACCAAGGGACAACGACUUGCUGAAGAGGAGGCCAUGAGUGGCGGGCUUCUACCUAGGAAUACUCAGAUGGACCUAACCGGUGAUGGCUCUCCACGAGCAGUCGGGCACAACAUUUACAUUCUUGCUCACCAGUUAGCCAGACAUAACAAACAAUUAGCAGAAGCACUGAGACCUGAGAGUACGCCAUCUGGGACUGAAGCAUUACGGUAUUACCAGGAACAUACAGCUCAAAUUGAGAUUGUUCGAGCUGAUCGCACGAUGGAACAAAUCGUUUUCCCAGUUCCUCAUGUUUGCAGUUAUCUUACAGAUGAGACGAAGAGAAGGGUGGUAACAAGCACAGAGCGGGAUGAUCAGGGAAGCAAGGUUGGAGGAUUCUUUGGCAAAGUAGAAGACAUGUACAGGGAGAUGGUGUGGCAGAAAAAGCUGAGAGAGUACAAGACGCUGCACUGGUUUAGUCGUCACAUAUCAUUAUGGAGCACGGUUUCAUUCAAUCUCAUCAUUAUUAUCAACCUACUUGUCGGACUCUUCUAUCCUUUCAUGAUUGAGACUUAUAAAUUUCUCAACGACCAGUUGUCUCUUAUUCUCUGGCCUAUAAUGUUGAUUUCUCUGGCUGCGGUCACAAAUCCGUUUGCUGUUCGAUGCCUCGCUCUGUCUGUCAUGAUGAAAACUAUCUUCUCUAUCGGAGUCCAGAAUGCUCUGCUUAUUCUGGGGGUGCUGAAUGUUGGUAAUAGACUUGUCUACCUCGUGAGUUACGUUGGAAACAAGGGAAUAUUCACUAAAGAAAAAGGAAUCAUGCCGAUACUGUGUGAUGCUGAAUUCCUGUUACACAUCGCUCACAUCAUGUUCUGUUUCUCUGGUCUGCUGGUCGAUGAACUGUUUUACAGUGUAUUGCUCUUCGAUUUGAUCUACGGAGAAGAAACUUUGCUGAAUGUGAUACGAAGCGUGACCAGAAAUGGAAGAUCGAUUCUCCUUACUGCAAUGCUGGCUCUCAUAUUGGUUUACAUGUUCAGUAUUGUUGGAUUCCUCUUCCUGAAAGAUGAUUUUGUCGCCCAAGUGAAUAUAAAACAAGAGCUGUCUCGUUACGACAACAUUGCACGUAAAGUUGGAGAAUCGAAAGAAAUGUUCAAUAAGCCUUCACAAGUUUGCGAACAGGAUGAUGAAAAUUGUACUAAUAGUGCUCAAGCUUCUUUUCCAAAUCUGUGGGGACCGACAGCCAAUGGUACCGGUAACCAAACCAACGCGACAGUUAUUAACCCUCAGCACACAGCCGAUGAAGAUGGUGAUAUAGUAGAAAACCACUGUGAAACCCUGUUUAUGUGCAUCAUAACAACUUUAAAUGAAGGCCUAAGGAACGGAGGAGGUAUAGGAGAUAUACUGAGGAAACCUUCAAAAGAUGAAGGGAUCCUAUUCAUGGGCAGAGUUUUAUACGACUUGUUAUUCUUCUUCAUUCUGAUUAUCAUAGUCUUAAACCUUAUAUUUGGCGUCAUCAUUGACACGUUUGCUGACUUGAGAUCGGAGAAACAACAAAAGGACGAUGUGCUAAAGAAUACUUGUUUUGUUUGUGGUCUUGAAAGAAAGUCCUUUGACAACAAGACAGUCUCAUUCGAAACCCAUGUUAAAGAAGAACACAAUAUGUGGCAUUACCUGUACUUCAUUGUACUUGUCAAAGUGAAGGAUCAAACAGAGUUUACUGGGCCAGAAAGUUAUGUCUUCAACCAAGUUAUGGACAAUAUGCUGGAAUGGUUUCCACGAAUGCAAGCAAUGUCUUUGAAAGCAGGGGAUGAAGCUGAUGAGAACAGUGACGUGAGAUCAUUAUGCCAACAACUCGAAAAUACAACUGCUCUCGUUUCGCAACUGUCGAAGCAAUUACAGGAUCUCCAAGAUCAAGUAACAGAACAACGCAGACGUCAACAAAGAUUAAAUAUUAUUAACCCCCGAUCACACAUGGGGUUUCCCAAAUAAUCACAUUUUAUUAACCCUUUACACACAGUAUCCUCUGACCUCGGUAAUCUACACUAGUUAUAGUAUUCGUUAAUUCACAGUAUUUUUUCAAGUAUUCAAAUAACUUUAGUUUUAGAUAUUCAUAAGCUAUAUUAUUAAACUCAAUUACCAGGGUUGGACGAAUAAUCCUUCAUUAUUUUCUAUAUAUCAGAAAUUUAUUUUCCGAAUCUAUUCGAAAUACGUACAUUUAUAUUGAACCUUUUCCUGACUUUAAUUUUCAAUUGAAAAUUUAUCGCAGAACAUUCUGUAUUUGUUAGAUUCUGGAACCGUGAUUUCGAGAAUCCACGGUGAAGAUUUCGAGUAUCGUGCAAGCUCAUAUUCUCUCAAUUAUCCACACAUGUUAAAAAUAAUAUAACUGAACCCAUAAGAAUGAUACUUACAUAAGUAUCAAACUGGUAUCAAAGGCGUAUGGGGGUCGGAAAUGUAAAAAAGGCACUUUUUUGGGGGCUCCCGAAGUAUGCGAACCAAGAUGGCGGACAUCGGAAUGUGAAAUGUGUACUAGGUUAGGGUUAGGCCAUAAUUUUAGGUAUAAAUACUACGAGAGG